GCCCCGCUCCCCGUGAAGAGGCGGUGCGGCAGGGCAGCGGCCGCCGCCAUGCAGCCCUUGCACCGGGCCCCGGCGUUGCUGCUGCUGCUGCUUCUGGCCGCCGGGACCUUGUGCCUCUGCCUUGCCUCCUCGGAGGACCCAACUGCCGAUGGCCUCACAUCAACUUCCCUGCUGGAAUUUGCUAUGAUGUCCCACCUGGAGGCCAUGAAUUCCCAUGAGCAAACCAGACCAGAGGCUGCAGAGCCAGAUCUUGCCCCUGGCUCCCUGCAUGCUGCUCCAGGGUCAGGCUUUGCCAGUGAGGAGAAUGAGGAGUCCAAGAUCUUGCAGCCCCCACAGUACUUCUGGGAAGAUGGGGGGGAGCUCAAUGACUCCAGCCUGGACUUGGGACCAGCAACAGAUUACACCUUUCCUGCUUCAUCUCAGAAGGCACUGCCGAAACAAAAUGGGACACAAGUAGACAAAUGGGAAAUGGCCACUGUCCAGGCACCAGCAGAAUUUGUGGAGCCUGACUUACACACUCCUUUCUCCACACUAGAGGAAGAGGAGGGGCUGCUCCCUAUAGACCACUCAAGAGGAGGAAUGGAGAGCCUCCAGACCUCUGGACCAGAGGUUACAUCUUCUGAACCAGUGGACCAAGAGGACUCCUUCUCCCUUCUGUUUUCCACAGCCUCUUCCAGGCCAGGUGUUGUGACUGAGGCAGCCAUAGGAGGGCAAGAAGAGGACUCUGUUUCUCCAGGCUUAGACCUUGGGAGCAGCAUGGGACCAGGUCUCCUACCUGUGCCCUCUACUUUUUCUACUACAGUUGCUGCAAGAUCUCCCAUUGAUUCGGAAGAACUCCUUGAGGUGACAACUGGAGACACUUGGGCUUUUGGGGGAGCAGAUUCAGAGCUGGCUGUGGCUACAACAGGAGCAGAGCCUGCAGAGACCACAGUGGAGGCUGGUGGGGAAGAGCAUUCAGCCAGAGAGGAGGUGUCAGAGCCCACAGUGGGGUGGGAGAUGCUGGAGCCCACGAUGCUGACUGAAAUGGAGCAGACAGUGGAAACGCCUGUGGGGACACCCUCUCCUGCAAGCAGCUCCCCAGGCACCCAGACUCUUCCUGGUAGUGAGCAGCAGCCCUCUUCUGUGUCUCUGUGGGACAGAGCUGAUGAGCCUGAGCUGGAUCCCCUUUGGAAUGACACCGAGUCAGCCACUGAGACUGCGGCAGCAGAGAGGAGCUCGUCACCCCCGGCUGGGGACGCCCGCAUGGCCAUGCUGCCCACGGAGCUGCCCUGGGACUCUGCUCAGGUGAUCUGUAAAGACUGGAGCAACCUUGCAGGAAAGAACUAUAUCAUCCUGAAUAUGUCGGAUAACAUUGACUGUGAGGAAUUUCGAAUGGAGAGGGGUCCCCAGCUGUUGGCACUGGUGGAGGAUGCCUUCUCCAGGCAGGCAGAGGGGCUGCAGGACCGCUGGCUCAUCUCUCUGAGCAAACCCAAUGAGAAUGACAAGCACUUGCUAAUGACGCUGGCAGGGGAACAGGGUGUUAUCCCUACAAAAGAUGUUCUCAUGGCACUGGGGGAUGUUAAGAGGAGCUUAGCUGAGAUUGGUAUCCAGAACUACUCGACCACCACGAGCUGCCAGUCGCACCCUAACCAGACGCGCAGUGAUUAUGGGAAGCUCUUUGUGGUGUUGGUGAUCAUCGGCUCCAUCUGCGCCAUCAUCAUUGUCCUGGGGCUCAUCUACAACUGCUGGCAGAGACGCCUGCCCAAGAUGAAGAACAUGUCGCACGGCGAGGAGCUGCGCUUUGUUGAGAACGGCUGCCAUGACAACCCCACCCUGGACGUGGCCAGUGACAGCCAGUCGGAAAUGCAGGAGAAGAAGCCGAGCGUGAACGGGGGGAACACCAUCAAUGGCCCCGACAGCUGGGAUGUCCUGAUCAAUAAGCAGGCGAGCGAGGAUGUGGAUGUGUUUGAGGAAGACACGCAUCUUUAGAAAAAGAAAGGAGGGAUCCACCCUCUUAAACACACUUGUUUUUCUCCUAUCUUGACUGACGGACCAUGGGAUCAGGUGGCUUCUCAGGAACUUCAUAAAACCUUUGAACAAGUCUUUGGGCAAGUUUUCCCUAUGGAAGUCCUGAGCCUGCAUCUGAGGCUUGGAGCCAGGAGGA